AGAUUGAUUUUGACAAUUCGUUCAGUGUUUGCAUAAUUUUGAGGUUAUUUGCUUGUAGGUUAUUUUUGUUAAAAAGAAAAUUAAAAUACUCAAAAAAUGCCGUUCAUGAAAGGGAAAGCUCCUAUAAGGCGCACACUUAACUACUUAAACGCCGGCCGGCUGGUAUUGAAGGAUAAAAUUAAGAUAUUCUCAGUGGCUUACAAUAUAAUUGGGCAAAACAAUCAGGGCGCCAAAGAUUUCGUAUUUUGGUAUUUGCCGCAAAUCCAGUACAAAAAUCCGGACGUGCAAGUAGCUACGUUGAAGAAUCUUACUCCUUCGCCAUUUAUUAAAUGUUAUUUUGAAGAUGGGAGGAAAAUUUUGGUUGAUGUCGACAAUAAGAGCAAAGAAGAUAUUUUAGAACAUCUAAUUAAAACUGUUGGUAAAUCAAAGGCUGUAUUAGAGCAAGAAGCGAUAGCCGCAGAAAAGAAGGAUAAUCCAGCUAACUUCGGUAUCGGUUGUGAGCGACCAUGUAUUUGUGAAAUUUACGGACAAGUUCCAUGUCCCGGUGUGGUACCGUUACCCAAAUUCAUGAGAGGGAAGUAUAGGAAUGCUACUGAUUAGAGUAAUUUAGAAUAGAUAUUGAAAAUGUUAAUGUUAAAGCAAUCUGUAUCUUUAAGAAAAGCAUUUAUUUCUGUUUUUAUUAAUUACUAGCCGUUUUCCCGCGGUUUCACCCACAUCCCGUGAGAGCUACUGCCCGGGAUAAAAUAUAGCCUAUGUUACUCGCAUAUAAAAUAGCUUUCUAAUGGUGAAACAAUAUUUAAAAACGGUCCAGUAGUUUUUGAAUUUAUCCAUUACAACCAAACAAAGUUUUCGGUAAAGCUCCAAAUUUCGUUCUGGAUGUGGGAUAUUUUAAAAAUGAAAGCAGAGUCAUGAAAUAUAUGAUUUCAAACUGUAGAU